AUGUUCAAUCCACCUACACUUUCUUCUAUUGCCUCUGAAAUCGAUGCCUUGCUUGCAUCUCAAAUUAUGAUGCAAGCUUUCCUUUUAAAGCUUUGUCAAGAUGUUUCCUCACUUCAGGAAUGUCCUGCUUCUGUUUCUUCCUCUGUGGCUCCAACUCCCAAGGAGGCUAUUGUUAAUUAUAAUUCUACAUUGGGUUUUUUUGCGAAUGUAGCUCGAAUCCAAAAAGAGGCUACAUCAUAUAAAAAUAAAUAUGAAGA